CCGCGGAUUUUUUUAUAGGUCCAGGCUGCGGAUUCAUUCAUAGGUCCGGGCUGCGGAUUCAUUCAUAGGUCCAGCCUAUCGGUGCUGAACCGCUAAAUCAGAUAAGGGGGAAGUAUAUGGAAUCUGAUACAAUGGGGCCGCAUCCAGACGAGGAACAGGCGGUGUAUCGAGCGUCGCCGGACCGGGCUCUGCGAGACCUCAAAGAGCGCCUUCGACAGAACGCCCCACUGAGGUGCGUAGAGCAGCCGGAUGAUGGCGAGCCCGAGGUGAUGGCACCUCCUGUCGUCACCGAGCCCAACAGAGCAGCGCCGAUAGAGCGACCUAACAUACAAACCGAGCCUCCGAGUUUUCGGCGCGAAUUAUUUAUUCAACGCCCAUCUAUGUAUGAGCGUAGGGAGGAUAGAGGCUACCUAGGAAGAGAAGACUGGAGAGACCAAUUCAUUAGGGAGCAGCUUUGGAGAGAUUGGGAGAAAGCUGCGAUAUCCAGACGAGUAUUUGACCCAGAGACAGGGGAAACACACUCCCUGCCAGACGAGACAAGAUAUAGGCUCAUCAUCUCACAUCAGCCCUCAGAGUUGGAUACUAGACCACCUGUUUUGAAAGGGUGUGGUAUAACGGAAUAUAUCGAAAAGUGGGAGUUGCACGCAUACCGAAGUCAGUGGACAGAGGAUGAGAUUAUAAACAACUUCUUGUUUAAUGUGGACCCAAGCUUGAGCCAAGAGAUUAAAGAGGCUCGACCAAAAGAUAGGCGAUGGGCUACUUAUAAAGUCAAUCUAUACGAACUCUACAAACUAGAAGAUGUUAAGUAUUCUAUCCGGGACUUGGAGCAGCUAACCCAAGGAGAGGGCGAAAGUGUCCGGGCCUUCGGAAAGCGGUUCCAGAAGGUAUCUGAUGCCCUUAUGGCAAAAGGGAAGUUGUCAGAGGUAGAAAGAUGCACGAUUUUCCUUGGGCAGCUACCGAAAGGGAAGCAAAAGGCAGUGUUGAGAGAGACGCCUCACGAUAAGCUAGAAUUCACUGCGUUGCUCAAGUUGGCCAUGAAGGCUGAGGCAGAUGACUACAAGGACUUACUCUGGAGAGGCAUGCAGCACCGAGAUUUUUUCCUCUAUCAGGAAUACGGGACCGACAGGUGCCCAGAUUUCAACGACAAACCUUGGGCAGAGCGACGUUAUAUGAUGGAUAGAGAUAGACCCCUACAGUCAAAGGAUAAUGAUGCUAUCAUAGAAGAGAUGCAAGAGAAGAUGAAGGCAAUGGCAAGGCAAUUGGCAAAUUUUGAAACGAAGGUCGGAACUACAUACCGGGAUAAACCCGGGUCACCUUAUUCCUUACGAUGGGAUGGCCGCAAUACUGACCCAUGGAGAAGCGUCGAAGACCAUAAUCCCCGCACACUGGCCGACUAUCGCGCGAGGGAAAGAGAUGAGGAUGAGCGUCGGCGUAGAGACGAGGAUGAUCGUAGACGUAGGGAUGAAGAGGAUCGAAGGCCGAGAGAAGAAGACGAUCGGAGACGAAAAGAAGACGAAGAGAGGAGGCAUCGGGAUGAUAAUAUAGACAGAGACCGCCGGCGUGAUGGGUACCGAGGGGGACAUUCUUACAGUCGAGGAGACAGAACCGACUAGAGAGAUGAUCACCUCAAGAGAGACUGCCCUGACCUCAAACGGGCGAUAGAUGAGAGGCAUGUCGUACUUGAUGAUCGCAAGUACGUCAAGAGGGCGGAUAACCUCGGCGAUGUAUCGAUGUUUCCCUCUAUGAAGGAGAACGUGGAAGUUAGGCGAGUAGUACCGAACAAGGGUAAAGGGGUUGCGAUAACCCAAAGCGUGAGACUGAGUCUAUCUUCUGAUGAGGAGAGCCCUAUGACGCCCAUACGGGUGGCAGCGACUAAGUCCGCUAGGGCUUCCUCCUCUAAGAAGGAUGACACUGAUUACGUAAUGGCAGAGAAGGAUGGACAAAGGAUUGAAGGAGAAGAAGUUAUACUUUCCCCACGCAAACGUGGGGCGAGAAAGUUCACGAUGAAGAGUACUCUGGAUGACAUAGACACGGUCGAACCUCUUAGACGCGCUCUCAGGCAGCCUAUGCAGUGCACGAUCCUAGAGUAUUUAGCGGUCUCGAGGCCAGCACGGGAUGAAUUGCAGAUGAUUACGCAUAAGACACGUAUUCCCCUGAGCGACGAGGUCCAAAUGGCGACUAAACAAGAGGAGAUACCCACUGUUGCUGUAUCAAGUGUGGUCGCCAAGGCGGAUCGUGCUGCGACGGUGUUCUUAGAUGGGACAGAAGGGGUGCCCCCUGACAAGUUUUAUAUCCUGGGCAGCGGGACAAUACAGACUACCCUUAAUGACGAAAUAGUUCUUCAUGCAGUUAUUGAUAACGGCAGCGAGGUUGUUAUCAUCGAUGAGGGUCUGGCUAUCCGAUUGGGAUUAGACCUUGAUAAGUCAUUCAAAUUUGAGAUAGAGACCGCCGAUGGAAGAAAGCAAAAGGUCACCGGGGUUUGCCACAAGGCUGCAAUUGAGGUCGAAGGGCUGAGAGUGACGAUGCCUGUUUUCGCGGUUCGGGAUUGCAACGCAGAGUUAUUAUUGGGGCGGACAUGGCUGAGUCACGUCCAAGCAGUUACUAUAGAACGGUCGGAUGGAAGCCAGAUGCUUUCCAUCAAGCGUCCAGACGGUGGGCGGAUUAUGAUGGAGACGGUAGAGCCUCGGGAUCCGAGGAAUAGAGCGGUUCUCGCCGCAGGGGGCCGUGUACCAGUUCCCCUUGCGAGUCGAUCCCUAAGCUUUCGCAAAAAGAAGUAUGGACCUCUGCUUACAGAAGAAGAAGGAUACGACGAGAUACCACUAGAUCCGAGAGAUAGGCAUCUCACAGCCAUGCACACGCCGCUCGGAUUAGUGGAGAUGAUGGUGGUUCCGAUGGGAUGGACCAAUGGAGUAGCAGUCUUUCAAAGAGCCAUGGUAGCGGUUCUGAAAGACUUUAUCCCUGAUAAAGUAGAGGUUUUCCUCGACGACUUUCCGAUAAAAAGGCCGGUGUUGAAAGAUGAGACGGAAGUCGUUCCUAGCGUCAGGAGGGGCAAAAACGUUGUAGCCGAUGGACUUUCGCGGAUUCCCAUCGAGGCAGAGCGACCCAUAUCGGUUGCUGCCCUGACUGUAGCUGAGCCUAGACGGACGGAUCGCUUCCUAAUCAAUCUUUAUGAAGGUAAGUACUGCAUUAUAGGACUGCAUCUGUCAGGAGAAGAAAGCACAGAUUCGGAUAUCCAGAGACAGGCGACACAGUACUGUCUUAGAGCUGGGCAUUUGUUUCGUCGACCUAUAGGAGCAGGGAUGCCUCUUCGGGUAAUCUGCGACCCAGAGGAGAAGCAGUCCAUAGUAGCUGAGUUGCAUGACGGUGUAGUCGGAGGACAUAGAGGAGUAAAAGGUACAUAUGAGAAAGUUCGCAGACUAUAUUGGUGGGAAGGACAGUACAAGGAUGUUGAAAAGUACUGCGAAACUUGUGAGGACUGUCAGAAGAGGUCUCUUAUCCGAUAUAAGGAACCACUUCAUCCUUCAUAUCCUACUAGACCAGGAGAGAAAGUGCAUAUUGAUCUGGUGAAGAUGCCAAGGGGUGUAGGGAACAUGAACUAUGUAGUGAACAUCAGGGAUGAUUUCACUGGCUUCGUCGAUGGCAAGCCUAUCAGGACGAAGGCAGCAAGAGAAGUUAAGAACUUCGUCCUCGAGUAUCUGUCUAGAUACGGAUGUGUCAGUAAGAUUGUGAUGGAUAGAGGAGCAAAGUUCCUAGCAGACGAGGUACAGAGCGUAUUCAAGGGAGCAGGAGCUAGAGUGUCUAUAGCUACUGCCUAUCAUCCACAGUCGAAUGCGCCUGUAGAACGGGGCCACCAGUCAUUGAUAGCGUCCCUAUCCAAGUAGUGUAGAGGAAAGGAUAGCGACUGGCCUAAGUAUUUCCGAUAUGCGAUAUGGGCAGAUAACGUUACGGUGCGA